AUGAAAAUUAAAUAUGCUAAUGAACCUACGGUUCUUGAAAUGUUGGAUAAAUCAUUAUCUUCAAUACCAACACAGCCUUUAUUUGAUGUAACUACAGCACUUUCAAACAUCGAUUGGUCUUCUAUUGAAAAUAAGCACUAUGGUGAUGAUCAUGUUGAUAAAAAAGAUGACAAUAAAAAGCAAGAAGAUGAUGAUGAUGAUGAUGAUGAUGAUGAUGAUGAUGAUGAUGAUGAUGCUAGUACAGAUUCACGUCGUCUUGCUUCUCAACGACGAUUUCAACCAGAUCAUCCAGCAUCGGGUACAAUUCCACGUGAUUUUAUUCCUCAACAAUUGGAACAAAAUCGUGCAAUGACAAGUACAACUCCACAUGGUUUUAUUCCUCAACAACAAUUUCAACCAAAUCGUGCGACAACAGGUACAAUUCCACGUGAUUUUAUUUCUCAACAAUUGGAACAAAAUCGUCAUGCAACAGCAAGCACAUAUCCAGGUGAUUUUAUUCCUCAACAACAAUUGCAGUAUGAUAAUACAACAGCUGAUCCACUUCAACAAUCUCAAGUUCGUGAUAAGACUAUCGAGAAAGUUCCACAAACUGAACGAAAAGUACAAAUGAUCAAACUUAUGAAUGAUUGGCUAGCACAUCUCAUUACCGAUGAACAAUAUAAGAAUGCUAUAAACCAACUUUUUGCUAAAUGA